AAACCACGCUGAGACAGAGGGAGGGAAACAUACGCUGACGAACCUCAACCUGCACCCGAAGGACCCCCUAUAGGCACCCACAAUCUCACUCCAACACAGCAGACGGUGGGACCAUGAAGACUGUGGUGGCUCUGCUGCUGCUCUGUCUGUGUGACCCUGGACAGAGUGAUUGCCAGGCAGACUGCCUGUCCUGCAGCAACAUCCUGCCCAAACAGCUCAGUUUCAACACCAUGGUGUGUCUCAUUGAGUGUGAAGGUAACAUCUCUCCAGCCUUCUCCUGGGACUUCUGUCGUAAGGCACUGACGUCACAAAUUUCCUCACUCAGUGGUACUGUGCGGAAAAGAUCUCAGGAGGAGGUGGAGGCCCUGUUUCCUGAAGAGGAAGAGCAGGUGGAGGGAGGUCUGUUGCUGCCCAUUGCAUUGCAGAGGUUUGAUCAUGUGACCCGGGCACUUGGGGUAGACGAAAGGGAUCUGGGUGGCAAGGGCAGCCAGCUGAACACUGCCUACAAUUCCCAGCAUGCCCUGUCCCUUGAUGAUGAGUAUGAGGAGGAGGCAGGGCAGGAAGAAGGGGAUGCUGACAUGGCAGCAAGAGGACAGGGUGAUGUAGGACUGAGCGUCUCCAAGAGGUUUGGCGGCUUUGUCAAAGGGAGACAUGGUUACAGGAAGCUGAUUUCUCCAGGAAGAUCGUACCAGAAGAGGUAUGGUGGCUUCAUUGGCAUUCGGAAGUCAGCCCGCAAGUGGAACAACCAAAAACGUUUCAGCGAGUUCCUGAAGCAGUAUCUGGGGAUGAGCACUCGCGCCACUGAGUUCAACAGCGUGUCAGAAGACCUCACCCAACAGAAUGAAGUUUAGCGCCUUCAAGCCACUGCCAUAAAACUAUUUCCUUAUGUAUUUUCACCAAUCUUGUUUUGUAUUUAAUUCACCAAUGUGUCAAACUUUAACUGGUGUCAUCAAAGUUGACCUAUUGAAACAAAGUAAUUUACCAAAAAGUGAAAAUUCCAGUGAAGUAACCACAAACUUUGGUCCCCUUGUCCAUCUCUGGGCGCCCUUAAUCCUUCAGACCUCCUAUUUGGUGCCCCUCGUGGGGUGUACCAGUUAAACAAUCAUGUUUCGUUCGAUUAGCUGCUCAAGCACUUCAUGAGAUUUGAAGGAAGCUCCCAAAGUGGGAGUCCUUGAAAGUUCUGGAGUGGCUUGCUUCAAAAUAAAGGAUUUGUUUGACUGUUUAAUGUAAUCUACUGGAUGUGUCAACGAUAAAAGUUAACAUAAUAAUUGCUUUUCUGAUUCCCUGUAUUAUAUAGUAUGCUUUAUGCAUUAAUUUCUGUGCUGGGUUGUGUAAAAAAUGCUGAAUCUUCUUUUAUGGAAGUGUCUGUGGAGGGAACCUUGAAAAUGUGUAACAACAUCUGUUAUCAAGUCUAGUAGGAAGGCCCUCUUUAUUACUCUUUUACUGCCAUCCUUUGGAAAAAUGCAUAACCUGGUCUCUGUUAAAGGACAAUACCAGUGUUUUUUCAUGUUUUGGCAUUACGGUUAGAUUAUGUCAGCAGCAAUGUAGAGUAUAAUGCUGUAUGUGAUUUGUGGUAAAAAAAAAAAAAAAAAAAAAUUAAAACAUGCAAAAAACUCUGCUAAAACUCACUGAUUUAUCACUGUGCCAAAACACACCUGAGACAUGGUUAACUAAAAGAUCUCUGCUCUAGUUUGGUUCAACGGUGAACUGAAAUGCUACACAACUGUCAUGACGUUAUGUACAAGUGAGCAUCAUCUCUGACUGGAUGUUGUGUCCAGAAGCCAGAUUCCUAUAGGUGUACAAACAGUAUUUGGUAUUUUUCUUUAUCUGUAAUGGUGUGAAUUGUUUUUGUUGCCCACUAUGAAAACUUGUAAAUAGCUGAAUUUAAACAUGUCAAUAAAAAUAGUUUACUAUUUCCUU